UCGCCCAGCCUGCCAUCCGCCCCCCACCCACCCCGGCCGGGUCUGGGCGCUUCUCCCUCCACUUUGGCAUCCGUGGCCGGGGAGGGUCACCGCAGCUGGCUCCGCAUGGCCACCUUCCUGCUCCUCCUGCUCCUCUCCUCCUUGGGUGGCAGCACAGCAGGGCUGGACUGCCUGAAUGGGGGCACGUACGACGGGGUGAAGUGCAUUUGCCCCCCGACCCACUAUGGCCCUCGCUGUGAAGAAAGCCUCGAGAUCGCCACCCCAUUGCCCACAAGGGCCACCUCAGCCGCCACGGGAAGAACCACGUCAACUGCCUCCACCCCCACCAUGGAGAGCCCCACAGCAACCUCCAGCAGGCCCUCCUCACCAACACCCACCAAGGCCUCCCCAGGCCCCUGCCUGAAUGGCGGCCUUCUCAACGGGAGUCUGUGCCUUUGCCCGCCCGGGUUCUGGGGUCCGCUCUGUGCCUCCUUUGACCACAAGGGCUGCCAAAACGGAGGGAUCUGGGCCGGGACCUCCUGCCGGUGCGCCCGUGACUUCUGGGGUCCCAAGUGUGAGUUUGUGGUGAACGUCAUCGAGGUCAGCGCAGAGGCCGAGGCCUGGCUUGACCUGACCGUCCAGGUCACCAACCGCAACUUCACAGCGGAGCUGACUGAGCCUUCCUCUCAGGCUUCCAAGGACUUUGCACAGGUGUUCACACAACAGGUGCAGCUGGCCUACCAGAAGGUUCCUGGCUACCACAACCUGACGGUCCUGCAGCUGAGGCCGGGCAGCAUCCUGGUUCAUCACAGGGUCCGCAUGCUGAUCCCACUCAGCGCCAACGUGGAGGCAGCGUUUGGGGCCAUCUCCGAGCAGCUGGUGGCAGCAUUCCGUGGGGCAGCCCAGCAGCAGAGCUGCCCCACUGGUGCCACGCCUCUCUGCUUCAACGCCUCCUACGCGGAGAGGUCCAAGUGGGGCAUCGCCACUGACGAGGCUGAAAUCUGCCGGCAGAACGUCCCGGCCGGCUUCGGCCCCCACUUCUCCGGCCACGCCACCCAAGCCGGCUUCCAGUGCGUCACCCAGUGUGCCCAGGGCUACCAGGACUCCCUCGACUGCAAGCACGGGCAGUGCCAGGUGCCCAGAUCGGGGCCCCGCUGCUCCUGCCCCGAAACGGCCGUCUUCUGGUUUUGGGGGACUCGAUGUGACGUCCGGAUCAGCAAAGUGGGGCUUGGCAUCGGGGGCCCCCUGGCCAUUGCGGUUGCUGCUGCUGUUGCUCUUGCCGUGGUGCAGGUCCGGAAAUGACCCGGCUGCUCUCGCUUCUCCAGAGGACUCUCCUGCAAGACCAGCAGCUGCCGAGUGGGGGCCGG